AGAAUAUCAUGUAUUCGUGUUUUGAGGUUAUAAUAUAAAUAAUUUUCCUCAGGUUAAUCUGUUAUUCUACACAAGGAUUAAAUUAAUAUAAGAAAGCGCGCACGUACUUUAAAAUAUGAAUAAAUAGUAUAAUUAUUGUGUACAUCGAAGUAGCCUCAACAUGUCUCUUGUAUUCAUAAAACAACUCGUUCCACACACCAGGUCUUUUUGUGUGAAGUUAUGGAAUCCAACUGUGUGCAAUGUUUUGAAUUACAGUUCGAAAGUUACUGCUACAACUUCUAACAAUGUACUCAAUGACUUAACAGAUUGGGAAACCUUAAGCAGGAAAAAGAAGAUCAGUAAAGCCAUGAAAGCCUAUUUAGAAAGGUCCCAAGAACAUGACCAGUUUAUGAAAAGACAGGAGUUUGAAUACAACAUAGGCAAGCGACAUCUCGCAAAUAUGAUGGGCGAAGAUCCUGAGACAUUUACUCAGAAGGAUGUUGACCGUGCAAUCGAGUAUCUGUUUCCUAGUGGUAUUUACGACCCAGCUGCGCGGCCACUGAUGAAACCACCGGAAGAAGUCUUCCCAGCGCGAAAAGCGGCGGAGUUUGAUGAAGCAGGAAGACCUCAUCAUUUCUUGUUUUAUACUGGGAAACCCAGUUACUUUAAACUUAUGCAUGAUGCUGCAGAUAAUAUUCAGCAAUUAUACAGUUUCCAAGACAAAGUUCUAAGGAAAAAGGCUACACCUGACCCCAAUGGGAGUCUUAACUUGAGCACUAGUGUUUGGUUGAGCAAAGAUCAACUGGAACAAGUACUAGUGGAAACUAUCACAGAUCUAGAGUACAAUAACUUCAAGUUGGUUAUGGAGAGGCUAGCUUCAUUACCACAUGCCUAUCGUUUCAAAGACUUUAUCGAAAAAUUCAGAAAUCCCAUCGCUUCUCAAAAAUUUGCUUUAGAAAUCCCCAAGCCCAGUUAUGAUAGUGAUGGCCGUGCAUUCAUCACAACAUAUGAAUGUUUGAGAAAGAAAGCUAGAGGUGAUGUAACAGUCAGGGCUCCUGGUACUGGCAAGAUAACUAUCAAUGGCAAAGACUUGACGUACUUUGAGGAUGUUCAGUCAAGGGAACAAGUCCUGUUCCCGUUAAUAUUCACUGGAAUGCAAGACCGUGUUGAUAUUGAAUGCAAUAUUGAAGGGGGAGGUCCAUCUGGGCAGUCAGGUGCCAUAAGGUGGGGCAUUGCUUGGGGCCUGCGCAGUUUUGUUGAUGCAGAGAUGUUGCAGAGGAUGCAAGUAGCAGGUCUUCUGACCAGAGACUACAGGAGACGUGAACGUAAGAAGCCUGGUCAACCUGGUGCUAGGAAGAAGCCUACAUGGAAGAGGCGUUAAUUUAUUAAGUUGUAUAGUUUGAAUAAAAAAUGAUUAUAGUUAAAA